UUGCAGAGUGCAGCUCAGCCUCCCAGACCGCGGCUGCUUUCCGCCGGGGGUCCCCGCAGAGGAGCCGCCGCCUCCAUGUGCGUUUCCCGCGCCGCGUGCUGAGAUCGCUCCUCGUCCCGCACGCGCACGCGCACGCCACGCCGCCGCCGCCAUGUCCAACGCCAACCACGACCCCUUCUACUCGUCCCCCUUCGGACCCUUCUACCGGAGACACUCGCCCUACGUGGUGCAGCCCGAGUACCGGAUCUACGAGAUGAACAAGCGGCUGCAGACGCGCACCGAGGAAAGUGACAGUUUGUGGUGGGACGCCUUCGCUAGCGAGUUCUUCGAGGAGGACGCUACGCUAACGCUGUCCUUCUGCCUAGAAGAUGGACCAAAGAGAUACACCAUCGGGCGGACGCUGAUCCCGCGCUACUUCAGCACGGUGUUUGAGGGCGGCGUGAGCGAGCUGCAUUACAUCCUCAAACACUCCAAGGAGUCCUGCCACAACUCCUGCAUCACACUGGACUGCGACCAGUGCACCAUGGUCACCCAGCACGGCAAGCCCAUGUUCACCAAGGUGUGCACGGAGGGUCGCUUGAUCCUGGAGUUCGCCUUCGACGACCUGAUGAGGAUCAAGACUUGGCACUUCACCAUCCGCCAGUACCGAGAGCUCAUCCCGCGCAGCAUCCUGGCCAUGCAUGCACAAGACCCUCAGGUGCUGGAACAACUGUCCAAAAACAUCACACGCAUGGGUUUGACCAACUUCACCCUCAACUACCUCAGGUUGUGUGUCAUCCUGGAGCCGAUGCAGGAGCUCAUGUCCAGACACAAGACCUACAACCUCAGCCCGCGGGACUGUCUCAAGACGUGCCUGUUCCAAAAGUGGCAGAGAAUGGUAGCGCCGCCAGCUGGACACCCGCAGAACUUCAAAACAGAAAUAUUCCCCACCAAUCACAAAAAAGGUCGCGCCAAAGCUGAGCCCGCCCGACAGACCACCACCAAGAGGAGGAAACGAAAGAACUCUGCCAGCAGCGCCAACAGCGGCGUGGGCGCCGGCAAGAAGCGAAGCCCCGCCACCAACUUUAGCCUCUCCAGUCAGGUACCUGACGUGAUGGUGGUGGGCGAGCCGACCCUGAUGGGCGGGGAGUUCGGGGACGAGGACGAGCGUCUGAUCACCCGCCUGGAGAACACGCAGUACGACGCCACCAAUGGCCUGGACGACGAGGACGACUUCACCAGCUCGCCGGCGCUGGGCAACAAUGGGCCGUGGAGCGGCAAGGUGGCCAACGCCGGCCAGGACAGCAAGGCCGACAGCGCGCCGCCGCAGGCAUCGCAGUAGAACUCAGACUGUGGAUCUUUUCUUCUUCUUCUUCUUAAUCUUCUUCUUCUUCUUCUUCUUCUUCUUCUUGUGGUGGUGGUGGUGGACGAGACUAACAGCAGCAAUAGCCACGCCCCCUGGACUACACACUUGCGACGUUGUUCAAAUGUAACAAAAAAAAACCACAAAAAAAAGAAAUAGCAAGGUGGACGUCUUCUUUUUUCCUUGGACUGUGAUUGGUGGACCUGCAGGUCACAUGACAUCACAGAAGAAGAAGGGUUUUGUUGCCGUUGUUGUUCCGGGUUCCUUUUGUUACUUUGCGACACGGUUUAUUCUUCUUUCCUUCUCACACGUCACAAAUUGCGAGUCCUGGUUUUGACGUUUGCCCAGAGGUUGUCACGUGUGUGGACUCUGCAGGUACAGUAGGUCUGGCUAGUUUUUGCCUCAUCCCUCACUUAAAGUGUAAGUGACGUAAGGUUGUGCGGUAUAUCAGCACUAGUAUAGUACCGCGAUGCUGAUAAAUCAUAUUCGGUACUAUACCGCCUAUAAAAAGUACCAAACCCUUCCCCCCCGCCGUCGUCGUCGUCACGUGGUGACAUUGCUGGUUUUACGAGCAGAGGAGCAUGUUGGGCAGUGCACACACACAGAGUACUUACAAGCAGACACAGUGUGUAGACAGAAAAGGGAGAACCGACGCAUUUUGGUGUAAAAACUAACAAUAAAGGUGAAGUUAUACCCUCAGGAAGAGCUGCUUUAAGACAUGGCUAGCUAGUGGCUAACGUCCAUCCGCAGUGUUUUAGCUACUUCUAGAUCACUAAUCCUGGCCUCCAUGGCGACAAAUAAAGUGAGUUUCUUACAAGUAGCAUUAUCACUGGAGGACGAGGAAUAGCGAAACAUGCUUCACUACAUGCUACACAUAGCUCACCGGCAUCACAAUGUAAACAAACGCAAUGGGUGGAUCCACACCUGAAAUCCACUGUAAUGAUACCAAGUACAGGAGCGUAUCUAGUCGAUACUACUAUGAUUACAUCGAUAAUUUUUGGCAUCACAUCUUCUUUCGUUUUUUUUAAAUUCAUAUUAUGUUUAUAAAGUCAGUAAAUACGUCCCUGGAAAACACGAGGACUUUGAAUAUGACCAAUGUAUGAUCCUGUAACGACUUGGUAUCGGAUCGAUACCUACAUUUGUGUGGUAUCAUCCAAAACUAAUGUAAAGUAUCAAAGAAGAGAAGAAUAUGUGAUUAUUACAUUUGAACAGAAGUGUAGAUAGAACAUGUUAAAACAGAAAGUAAGCAGAUAUUAACAGUAAAUGAACAAGUGGAUUAAUAAUCCAUUUUUUACAGUUUGUCCCUCAUAAUGUGUACAAAAUAAUAGGUGUAUAAAUGACACAAUAUGUUACUGCAUACGUCAGCAGACUAAUUAGGAGUCUUUGUUUGUUUACUUACUACUAAAAGACAAGUUGUCUAGUUAAUGUUCACUUUUUUAUUUAAGAACUAAAUUACAAUAAUAAACAUAUGUUUUUUUGUUAUAAUAAUGACAUUUUUUGUGGUGCCCUUUAUUUAGAAAAGUAUCGGAAUACGGUACCGGUACCAAAAUAGUGGUAUCGGGACAACACUAAAGUUAAGAAUGCACUAUUAACCACCAAUAGUUUUGUUGUUGUUGAAUAGUCCCACUCCUUAAUGAUUCAGCCAAAUGCAGGAUUCUCACAAGAAUGAGGCAAAAAUACAACCAUACCUUCUGUACCUUUUUUUUUUUUUUUUUUUUUUUUUUUUUUUUUUUUAGCCUUCUGUACUCCCUUUAAAACUCCCAAACUGAUUCCCAUUUCCUGCAUGAUUUGAUUUGGAUUUGACUUGAUUUGAAUAUGUGUGUGCUUUAUAACGGACAACACUCUUUGGAUUGAUCAGUUUGGGAGGACUAACAAGGUUUGUAGCUCUGUAAAUAUAGAGUCCGUUUUGUCCAACCGCCGGAACCCGUCUGGAAAUGGCAGCUGUUUUGCUUGCAUUGAGAGGUGAGGUUUGUUUUGUUUUUCUGCAGGGAGCUUUGGAUUUAAAGGGGGACUUUUGGUGGGGGAAAUGUUGCCUAUCAUUCACAAUUCCUAUGUAGUCGCUAUGUCAUUUUUUUCUAUGCAGUCUAAGUCGUAAAGAAUGGCAAGUCAGAGGUGGCUAACAAUGCAGCGAAUGUGAGUACACUACUUCGCCAUCUAAAAACGUCCAAAAAGGGCCAACAAUACUCCUUUUGACCCGAAUAUUGAGCAAGUAUUCGCAAUAUUGUUAUUAUAAGCGCUAAUGCAAAGGAACUACUUUUAGCUGCGGCAUGAUCACAGAGAGCUAACGAGCGUAUGCUGCUAUAUUGGCAUACUGAGCUGCUGUGUCGCCUCUGAGUUGGUAAAAGUUCAUUCUGGAUUAUGAAUCAUGCCUCUCACCUGGAUAAUAGAAGGAUGUGGACGUAAUCUGACGAGUUGGUCAUCUUUGGCAUCUAAUUUCCGUCUAAUCAACACGAAAAGAUGCUUGUUUGCGUCACUUUUUUUUUUUUUUUACAUGCAUGAGGAUUAUGAUUAUAUCUUGUUCACGGGAAGAUAUGAACAUCCCAUCAGUCGGCAUCCCAUUGAGAGCAGACAUUGUACAGUAAGUGAUCGUUUUAUUAUGUUUAUAGUGUGUAUGUCUUGUUUAAUACUUAGCAAUACUACCACAUGAUGCUAAGUGGUUCACUAAAGCCACAUUUGUUUAACACACAGCUGUGGAAUCAUUUUGAUCAUAGUCAGUAUCAAAAAUAUCAGUUUCUGGAUCAUCAUUUGUCCCAAAGUAGUCAUUGUUGUCGCUCAUGAAGUCUGUCAUAAUUAGUAGUCUUCUUGUUGUUGUUGAAGGGAAAAGUAAACAUCGUGAUGCAUCUAUAAAAUGAAUUUGUAUGCUUAAAAUGAGCAAAAUACAUAAACAUUAUAUAACUUACAUCAUGUAAAUAUUACAUGUUAUUAUGAAUGUUGCUACAUUACAUAUAUAAAUACUUAUAGCAUGUAAAUAUUACAUGUUAUUAUAAAUAUUACUACAUUAUAUAUAU